AUGAACAAUACUAAUAAAGCAUAUGUGAGAGCUUUUGAUACAAUACGAUAUGAUGUGCUCUGGACAAAAUUAAGGGAGGAGACUGAUGUACCUUGCCAGGUUGCAUCUGUCCUGGAAUACUGGUACUACAACCAACGGAAUGUUGUGAAGUGGGCGGGCAUGCACUCAGAAAUGUACGGGUUGGAGUGUGGGGUGAGACAAGGGGGCUUGACCUCGCCUCGUUUAUUUAACCUGUAUAUGAACGGAUUACUUGGUGAGCUUAGAAACAGCAACAUUGGUUGUUAUGUGGAGGGCAUCUGCGUAAAUAAGAUCAGUUACGCUGAUGAUAUGGUUUCGGACAACCUCAGCGAUGACGAGUAUUUGGAGCGAGAGCGCAGGGCGCUGGCCGUGCGCUGCAACAUGCUGGCUCGAAGGUUCGCAAGGUGUACUGAUAGUGUGAAGGUAGCUCUGUUUAAGGCAUAUUGCCAAUCCUUUUACACCUGCAGCCUUUGGGUCAGGUAUACGCGGCGUGCGUACAACGCCCUGAGAGUCCAGUACAAUAAUGCAUUCAGAGUGCUGCCCAAGUUGCCGCGUUACUGCAGUGCCUCCGAAAUGUUUACUACGAGGCGCGUUGAAAGCUUUAAUGCUAUUAUUCGUAAGAGGUGUGCAUCCAUGCUCCGGAGGCUACGAACCAGCUCGAACGGCAUUCUGAGUACACUAGCGGACCGCUGGGACUCGGCAAUACUGCGCCACUGGAUACGGCUGCAUUCAGACUGA